AUGCGUUACUCAACACCAACAGUCUUGUGCCAGUUUUUGCAACUGACCGAGGAAGAAAUUGCAAUUUUGCCACCAGGAGAUUGGGAACGCGUAAUCGAGCUCCGCAAUCAAAAUACACCGGGCCCAUCUGCACAACCUCCAUCUACCAUGAUAAAUCAUCCAGUAUUUAUAACAUGCCACCGCCGAAAUUCACUGCACCCCGGCCUGGGGAUUCUCGUCCUCCCCCAGCUUCCAGCUCAACAACAACGACAAAUGGCUGAUGAAGAUAGUCAACAGGCUGCACUACUCGUACAGGUUUUGCAAAUGACCGAGGAAGAAAUUGCAAUUUUGCCGCCAGGAGAUCGAGAACGUGUCAUCGAGCUUCCAAUUAAGUCAACAACGAUAAAAGGC